CUGAGGUGUCUAUUUCUAAGCAACAUUCAGUUCACCUGGACCACAUGCAGGGGAGGUAGAACACUUGACCCAUCAUUAAUAUCAGUGCACACUGUGGAAGAAUGAAGUUAUUUCGAGGGUUGAGGGAUGAAGCAGUGAUGAGGACCCUAAGGACUAGAAACACAGUCGCAGGAACAGAAUCCACUGAGCCAAACUCUCCAGUGGAACACAACAAACUCUCCAGUGGAAAGACAACAUCAGCUGGAAGAAAGUUUAAACAUUUAACAUUGCCCCAGAUCCUAAGACGGAAUUCCAAGAGUAACACCAACAUCACUGCUCCAGAUGUCCCCAACACAUCCAGUGUUAUUACUUCCCCUCUCGAGGAGUUGUUGACUUUUGAGCAGAACCUUGAGAGAAAUUGCCUGUCUGCUGCUGGCCAACAGCUGAUUGAGAGAGAGGAGCGUCUAUAUGGACAGAUCUCAGAAGAGUUGGUUCAGUCGAGCACAGAGAGGGAGGAGGAGGAAGAGCAGUUCACCAGAGAUCACAAAGCCCUCCUCAGCCAAAUAGACCUGGCUGUAAAGAGUUCUCUCAGUCCAGACGAAGACAGUCUUGAAGCUCUGAAGUCUGCAGUGAAAGCUAUCCUACAGGAGGAGGAGCAGGAUAGGCGAUGGCUGAAGCAGGUGGGUAAACAGCCUGCCUGGAGACCCAGUGAGUGUAGACGUCACCACAACACUGUCCUCCAGAGCCUGGUGGAGGAGCGUAUGGACAAUGCCGAAUUGCCUCCUGAAGAGAGCAACAAGCUACGCUCCUCCCUGCAGAGGGAUGUCUGUGGGAAGGGCAGGAGGCUGCAGGAGGACCUGCUGAGGGUGGUGAAGGAUGUGAAGGGCUGCUACCCAGAGGACAUGGAUAUCUGCAACUUCUAUGGAAAGAUGUAUCACCAAGCCUUCAGCGCAGGGAUGAGGAAGAUUGAAGAGUAUGGGCUGGGCAUGGAUGACUGCUCUUACCUCCUGUAUUGGGUGAAUGUUGCCUACCCAGAAAUUCUACAAAAUCCGGAACUGACCAAGGUGAUUAACCCUGAAAUGUUAGGAAAGCUCUUGACUGAGGAGUUGACAACACCAUUGGAGAAUCAAUGUCUUACUCACAAAGAGACAGAGGUGCAGACAUUGAUCAACAAAGUGCUGAUGGUGGAGGAGCAAGCCUGGAUGGAGGGGUCUGUGCCUGAGCUCAGAGACGACUGUUACUUUAGCCCCUUGGCCAUCGACGUAAUUCAGUUUAUUAAUGCUGCAGUGAAAUCGAUAGAGACAGUUUUGGGAGCCACGUCCAAAGUCCAGAUAAUUGUUUGCCUGUUGAAGGACUUCUUGAAUAGCUAUAAGAAAUUCCAGGAGAAAGUUCUCAAGGGAAGCAACAAUGGAAACAGCAGAACUGUGAUAAUGGCCAAUCUUGCCUGUGUUGAGCAAUUUAGGGACUAUAUUGUGAACAAAGCCGAUAUCUUCCCAGUGGAUGUAAAGGAAUGCUGUCUGUCCAUAGUAGCUGAAAUGAAAAACAUUGGCUACACAUCUUUAACAAGCCCUAUACACAAGGAUCUCAAGUCUCAGUACAGCGGUCUGGGGACGCCUGUCUGGUUGGAGAAGAAGAAACAGGUGUUUGAGAAGCUGUUUGAAGGAAUUAACAAACACACCCAGGAUCUUAAGGGCUUGACUGACUCCUGUCAUCAGGAGCUGCUGAGCCAGCUGCACUUGGAGGUGACAGUGGAGUACGUGAGGAGGCUACUGAAGAGGAAGAUAAAGCUGAGAGACAAAGAGAUGCAGGAGCAGGCGGCCAGGUCGGUGUGUGAAGAUGGCCAGAGACUACACAAACUGUUCACUGAAGCGGGUUCCAGGGAGGAGUGGCUAAGUGACAUCCUGCCCAAGAUUGCUGAAGUGCUGAAACUCCAAGACAUUUCCUCCAUACAGCUGGAGAUAGUGACUCUGAGUCAAGCUUACCCUGAUCUCAGUGAAUUCCAGGUGUCCGCCCUGCUUAGCCUCAAAUCCAACCUUUCUGCCUCUGCCGUGAAGAGGGUAAAGAAGACCCUCCUGGACAACCAGGACACCACCAGCUCCCAGGAUGCCCCAUCUUUUUUCUCCAAGGUACAGGUCAAAUGAGUUUUGAAUACUCUUAAUGAAUCAAGUCUGCAAUGCUCUUGUAAGGAAAGUACCCUAAAGAGGGGACUAGCGUGGUUCUGGUUCCGGUUCUGACCGAAAUGUUCGCUUAUAAAUUGUUCUGUGGACACCAUAGAUUGAAAUAGCAUGCAUUCAGCGAUAGCCCUAGAUCUCACGGACUCGGGAGUAUAUAUCUUCCACAUGUGUACCUCAGGCUGUGAAAUCUGACAUCACUUGAAGCUGGGAUGUCCUGCCUACCAUUUCAUUCACUCUUCCAACUCUCCAUCAACUACUGGCUGAACGCUACGUCACAGCCAUUGACAAAGCACAUGCCUGCAAUCCUUAGUUCCUAGCUUAGCAGGAGAGAAUGGUUUCAUCACAUCCAGAACUUUAUCAAAGUCAUCAAAAAUAAUUCUGAGAUUUUAAAUAUAUGUUUUUUCUGUUUGUCAUAGACAGACAAGAUUAAUAUGAGAAGAAUGGCCAGUUCAUAAUGAGUAGAGAAUAUGCACAUUUUCUCUAACAUUUUCUCUAACAUGUAUUUUACAGUUAUAAGGAAGUUGACAUUUUAUAGUUAGUCGUUUUAGAAUUUGAUUGUACUAUAUUUAGAAAGCAUAUACGUCAUUUCAAGCCUCAGUUUUGUUGAAUAGCAAAUACAUCAUAAAAUAUUUCAUAUGUGUAUCAUAUUUGUACUGUGUACUUGAGCGUGUGUCCUCUAAAGUAUUCUGCAUUACAAGUUAUUGUUUAUUGCCAUCUCAUGAUAAAUAAUUACUUGUGGGUACAUAGAUUAUAAUUUAGAUUACAUUUUCCCUUGAAUUGGUUAGUCAAUGACUAAAAGUCAUUGUUACCAUUCUGUCAAUGAAAAUGCAGAGUAUACACUCUAACCAAUUGUCUAGCCAACCAUUAUUUAUUUUGUGUAUCAGUUCCAGGUAAACGCUCACUUUACCAGUAAGCUACCUAUGACUUUGGAAGGAGGAAGGAAACCACAUUAACAGCCUUGUUGUUUACAGGAUAGGCAUUUCAAGUGAGUCAGGCUGCCAAUCAUUCCAGGUUAAUGUCUCUGUAUCCCUUGGAAGACUGUCAAUUUUGAUAAUAGGUUGUGAUAAGGAUUUAAGGGAAACACCAUUCUUUGAUGAUAAUAUCCCCUGGGAGACCAUUGUGGAAGCAUGUAGUGGAUGGUACCAUUCAAAUUGACUUACUGAUUACUGUAUGUAUUGUGAAUUACUGUACAUUUAGGAAUUUCCAAUAUUCGAGUACUACUCUCACAAGCCAAAAAGACUGUUAGGGGAUUUCCAUUCUCAGCGGAAGCACAAUCACUGAUAGCCUUACUGCCGUUGUCUCCAUCUACAGGGCACUAUUGGUUCUAAGUCUUUCCAUUAGGCAUUUUUGAUGAGGAUUAAAACCACUUGACCUGAAAAUAAAAAACUUUAGGCAGUUUUACUUCCAAUUUCUCUUUAAGACCGUAAAUAAUAACUUGCCAUAUAGUACCUUUUAAAAAGUUGACAAAGACAUGUAAACAGAGCUCCAAAUAUUGUGCAGUAGGGUGAGAACUUGAGGGUCAUGUUGUUUAGAAUGAGGUCGUUAUUGUCCUCUACCUGAGAGUUCCCACACUCAGCAGCAAAAAAGGCAGCCAUACCAGGCUGCAGACCUGGUUUGGGACAGGAAAAUGUAGUACACCUCCUGGCUUGCCUCCAGAACCUCCCAGGUCUGUCUCUGUGACAGUCCUCCCGUCCAAUGCAGCAGAGUAGGCAGGUGCUCCAUAGUACUACAACAGAGGUAAACAUGUAUCAAUACAUAAAAUUGGAGAUAUCUAGCCUGUACUCAAGCUAUUCCCUAUGGAAUAAAAUUAGUCAGUGCUGUGGAUCAUGCAGACUUUGGAAACCCUGUGGCAUACUCAUCCGUGUGAAGUGGGGCUGUUUAACUUUGUACUAUAGCUUCUUACAGAUUUGAUGUUGUAUUUUGCAUGUUGAAUUAUUUAUUUAAUAAAAAGAGCUAUUCAUUACAUGUAUGUGAGGCACCUCUGUGUAGUU